UAAUCUCUCCAACAGGAACUACAUAUUAACAGACUCAUUUCACACAUGCUCUUCUCUUCAUUCACUUCAUACAUAUCUUUAUCCCAAGUGUGAAAACAAUAGAAACCCGUGGCAGAUGCAGCAGAUGUUAGAGACUGAUUGAGCGUCAUAUUAAAAGCAGACCGCAAACCAUCUUCACAGCUGUCUAUAAAUACAACUUUUCAAGCACUCACUGCGGAAGUACAGCGCCCCCCUCUGGGAGUAUCAUUGUAAUCGUCGAUGACUCUGUCAAAGGGACCACAACGACUCCGCUCCGCUCCAAAAAAGUAAAUGAACCCAAAUCGGACCAUGCCGGAUGCGAGCACGGAGGAUUGUGACGGGUUUCAGACCCAGUUCACACACAUCAUGGAAACAUUACUACAGACCGCGGUCAGGGAAACGACGAAACUUUACCAGAGCACUCUGCAGAGCCUGAAAGCGGAAUUGGUGCAUCUGAGACUUGAGAAUGUCAACAAGAAGACAGCUGAUUCAUCAUGUCAGGAAACCAGAAGAUUCCCUCAAACUGGGAUUCAGAGGACUGGCAGUGUCUCAAAAUUCCGUGAUGUUGGAGUGCAGUGUGAAAAUUCCCUUUUGGCUGAGCGGGGAUGCAGUCCUCGGCAGUUGAUUGGACAGCGUCUUCAUGUUGGAGACAUCACGAGCGAUAAACUCACAGAUCUGUGUGCGAGUGAGGAUGGAAACCGACAGCUGGCUUUGCUUCUCAUCAAACAAGAGCCUCAGGAGUCUGAAUGCGAUGAAUAUGCACCAGGAUACUUUCUACUGAAGCAAGAGGGUGCUGAACCAAUACUGGUGCGCAAAGAGCCAAAUAAGGACACCAUGGAAAGGGUUGUGAUCCCACCAGCAGUACAAACUAUAACAAGACACCAAAGCAACCACAGUGGAAAUUCACCGCCACCAGAAACUCCGUUUUCCUCUAGUCUCAGCGUGACUUCUUGUGGUCAUAAACCCAAUCAGCCUGCACAACUUCUACAAGGUACAUCUCUAAGUACAAAAGAAAACCGUGAAGGCUUGUCUUCCCAAAACAAAAGACAAGAUGCCAGCGUACCAGCACAGAAGUCCACUACAUCAGCACCAGACAAUUCAAUCCAUAUCCCUGCUCGUACUGCCAGUGCAAAAUUAUCUGUACCAAUGAUUGAGCUGUCUGGUGCUCCAUCAAUACCUCAAACUAAGCAAUCAACUUCAUUAGUUCACCGUCGACUAAGCCCAAAUCCUCAAGCAUCAAACCAAACAGUAGUCCCACAGAAAGAGGAAUCAGAUAUGUGUCAUCCACUUCAAAACACCUUCCUUUCUGCAAUUCCUCGUAAUCAGGUCUUAGUAGCAGAGCCUACUUCCAACAAACAACGGGCAUUGUUUACACAUACAGAGAAAUCUGCAACAAGCAUUUCAUCCAUAAACCAAGCCACUCAGACAUUUGCACAAUGUUCAGCUAAACUUAGACAACCACCAUUCAUUCAACCACAAGCCAUCAAAACCCAAGACCAAGAGAUGACUCCACUAGUACACACUGCCAUGCCAUCAGGUUUGGUUCCUGCAACCUCAAGUAAACCCGCACAAGUCCAUGAUCGGAGAGGAACCAAACUUGUUCCCCCUCGACCACAUACAUUUGCCUCUUCUCAGGUAAUCCCAUCACAUUCUGGGACUUCAAAUCCAUCAUUUAGUUUCCCUUCAGUGCAGCCAGUUGUUCCAACUCAGGCAAAGCCAACUUCGUAUCUACCAAUGCUGGUUUCAUUUUCAUCUCCUCACCUUCCAGUAAACACAAUUCCAGAAUCUCCUUCCUUAAACCCACCGCAACCUUCACUUACCCAAUCGCAAUAUCCUCCACAAUCUGAUCAGUUCUCGUCUUCCUCAGGACAAUUUUGUCCUCUACCUGAUAAUACCCCAGAUUUGCUUGAAUCUCUUGAUUGUUUGCAUUUGCAGCCACCAAUCAUGAUAACGCCGCAUGAUGCUCCUGAUCAGGCACCUGCACAUCAUUUUCAUUCAUCAUCUGGGCAACUUGCGCCUUUGCUAACACUGAAAGAACAGCAAGCUGCUGCUGCUUCAGCUAAUGUUGUUUUAGGCAGAGUACCUGCUCGAUCUUUACAGACCUCAGUGCCUUUGGUUGAGAACUUACCAUUUUCCCCACACUGCAGAGCAGAAGUCACCGAUAGAAAUGAAGACCUUUCAGAUGACGACACUCCCACACUCCAAUCUAGACUCAGAAAACAGAGAAAGCUUUGUUUCAACUCCAGACAAGUAGAUCCCGCAGUUAAGGAAGGCAUGAUGGAGGAUCAGAGGCUGGAUCAGUUGCAGAACGACUUGACUAGGGAAUCACCACUUUCUGAUGCAAAGGAUGGAUGUCAAACCUUACCCAAACUUUUGGGCAAACCUCUCCAGAGAAAUACAGAGUGUCCCGAUUGUGGACGCGUCCUUAGCAAUGCAUCUGCCUUGGAGAACCACAUGAGGCUUCAUACAGGAGAGAGACCUUAUACCUGUUCCCAAUGUGGAAAGGCAUUCCCUAGUGUCCGAGGUCUCAACCGGCACAUGAAGGUCCAUGCCGAGGAGAAGCGAUAUCAGUGUGAAGAGUGCGGCAAGAGUUUUGUGUACCACUUUACCCUUACCAAACACCAGCUUAUCCACUCUGGGGAAAGACCUUUUCCUUGUAAAGUCUGUGGAAAGAGGUUUUUGGCCAAGGCGGAUCGUUCCACACAUAUGCGUAUGCACACUGGAGAGAAGCCCUUCUCAUGCACUCUUUGCGGGAAGAGGUUUAAACAUAGAGUAGCUUUGAAUAUGCAUAUGCAGGGGCACAGAGGAGAGAAACGUUACACUUGCCCGCACUGUGAGAAAGGAUUUGUGGACCUGGGUAAUUUUAAAAGACACAAGCUCAUCCACACAGGCGAGAGACCAUUUGAGUGCAAGGAAUGUGGGAAACGUUUCACUCAGUCGGCUCAUCUAAAGAAGCAUCUUCACACACAACAUGGUACAUGAAAAAUAGGGAAGAAUUUGUACUAUUUAACAAGGCAAUUAUGCCUCUUUGCUAUUGAGCAGUGUGGUUGAGUACAGUACAGUGCGCUAUGUAUUUAUUCCCGUUUACACUGUCAGAAGUACCAAAUAGCAUACUAAGUAUGUCCCGAUCAGGUUUUUUUGCCCUCGAGUCCAAGUCAUUUGAUUUUGAGUAUCUAACAAUACAGAAAGCCGAUCCGAUACUUCUAUAAAACAUAAAAGAGUAAAGAAGAGCGAAGAAACCAGGAUGUUCCUUAUUUUUUAUUUAAUUCACCUUAUUUUAACAUUUAACAACUCUGUUAACAAACAGAGCACUUCUGUGAGGUAGCUUGAACGUUCGUUCAUUCAUUCAUUUAUUUUCUUUUUGGCUUUAUUAAUCUGGGUUUGCCUCAGCGGAAUGAACCGCCAACUUAUCCAGCACGUUUUUACCCUUCUAGCCGCAACCCAUCUCUGGGAAAGUAGCUUGAACAAUUAAGUAAUAAAUAACAUCAAUUCUUCACGUUUGGACUUGUGCAACAGUAAAUAUUUUUAAAAAAUAAUAUAAAAACAAAUAACACCUCAACUUAAAAUACCCGGCAGACAAUCCCCAAAUUUACAUAUCUCACAGUUUGCUAUGGCAAUGUUGUCGUCAUCAACUUUAUAAUACCUCCAGACCGCAGACCGAUUUCUGCUUCAAGCUGCUUCUGUGUUCUACUUUGCCGGCAUUUAACCAAUAGCGUCUCUGCAACAAAGUGAUGUCAUGCCACACACGUUGCUGUUUCUGUGUGAAGUCAAGAAAGAGGUCUAACUCUGUGCCACCGCAUAACUAAAGAAGUGUUAAAUAAUAAUGACAUAUGUGUACAUAUAUAUCCGACUCCUGAUAGGUCUGAAACUACAUGAUGGGGCCCGAUUUCCGAUCACGUAAUCGAAGCUGGACAUCCCUAUAGCAUACCAUACAACUUUUUUGGACACUUUCGUAAUGGUAUCUACUAGCACAAUGGUACGAUACUUAAGGGCGGAGCUAGACCCGCUGCUGAUUGUUAUUGGUUUACAGAGAAUCAUCAUCACCAUUUUUCAAUCUACAGCCAAAACACCACACCAUAAUCAAACAAUGACUGUGCACAGCAAUGAACCAUAGUCAAUCUAAGCAAUGUUUCAAUUCACAAAUGAAAAUAAGGACAAAAAAUGUUGUU